AUGGACAAGGACUAUUCGAGUGGAAGCGACGAUGGCCAGGCUGCAGGCAACCGCAAGGCCAUUGCAAAGUCCACCGCACCAUUCCCUUCAACUCUGCCCCCAACCUCUGACUAUCUUUCACAGCCAGCUGGCAGUCUCCUCAAAGGUGCAACUGACGACUCUGGAAAUCUGAAGCCCGCUGCAUUGAUGGUCGGCCUCAAGCUGGACUUGGAGGCUGAGGUUCACUUGACCGCUCGAGUCCGUGGUGACAUCACGAUCGGCCUGUAUUGA